AUGGUGCAGGAGCCGAGCAACAGCAGCAGCCACCACCUGCAGCAGCAGCUGGCCAAGUACGGCGGCGGGACCGGGACCGGCAACGGCAACGGCGCGGCCACCGGCGUGGCGCGGGCGUCGAGGAAGAACAAGCCCAAGAAGAUCCCGCAGCGCGGCCUCGGCGUGGCGCAGCUCGAGAAGCUCCGCAUCGAGGAGCAGAAGAAAAUGGGAGGAGGCCCCUCCGCGGCCACGCCGUCGUCGCACGCGCUCAACGGCGGGGCCCUAUGCCACCUCCCCACGCCCGCCCUGCUCCAUCAUCCGCCGCCGGCGCCCCCGCUCAGCGCCCUGUCGAGGCCGGCCGCCGCGGAGCACUGCGGCUUCCCGCCGGCGCUCUGGAGCCCGGCGGAUCCGGCGAAGCACCCCUACAAGAGAAGCCUGUGCCCGCAGCCUCCACUCCCAAUGGUGAGCACGGGCCUGUCCCUGACGGCGCCGUCGAGCCACCCAACAGAGCCCCCUUCAAACCAAAUGUACAGCAACAGCAGGAGGAGCAGCGCGGCGGCGCCGGCGCCGACGGAAGACGAGAGGGAACCGGCCGGCGUGGAUAGGUCCUGGCCCUUCAUGUUCGAGGGGAUGACCCCAUUCACGACGACGAGCAAAGCCUUCCCCCCUCCUCCGUUGCCGCCGUUCGCCGUCAGGACGGCGAGCGAUUCCGGGAUGGCCGAUGUCACUCCUGACCUGAGCAGAUACGAGUUCAGAGCGACCAAUUAUUUCAGCAGUGCAAGUGCGUACCCAAGUUGUUCAGACUGGACACCACCGGAGUUCGGUCACGGCAAGGAUGCCGGCCGUAGCAGAGACGCCGGCUUGCUCACCCUGAGCUCCCGGCCUCCACACCUCAUGAAGCAGCCUCAUGUGGUGCCAUCAAUGCACAUCCCGGAGUACAGCGACUUCAGUGCCAGCGCGAUGCCACCCCAGCUGGGGAGCGUUUCAGCUUCGUCAUCAUCGUCGUCCCUGCCAUUCUACAACUUCCUCCCGAUCGGGCCGGUCCACCGGGAGAGAGCCCCGAGCGAGCGGAGGGCCGACGUGUCGGAAGGGGAAAUCGACUUGGAGCUGAAGCUAUGGAAGGGCUGAUCAAAUCUGCAAUGAACAUUUAGGAGGUUGUGGAGAAAGCUAAGAGAGACAGAUGUGUUCAAGUAGUAACAUCAGAUUGUAUCAAACAGCUGCUUUCUAGGAGAUGUUUUCACUGUCAAUAAGUCUUCUGGUGACAUGGUUAAUUUACCUAGCAACUAGUAGUAUGUUAUUUCUGACGAAGUGAAGUAGAGCAGCAGUGUGCAUGAUGGAAGCAGGAAGCUUUUAUGUAUGGUCCAGGUAAGCUGGUGCCAAAUGUAGCAGAAACUCAACAGAAAAGUGUGAGAUGGGUAGAUGUUGCCGGCAGCGGAAAGGAGAGCAUGUGCAAAGGAUGGGCAUCACUUCACAGCUAGCUGCUUGUGGGGCCUCUCCCGUGCAGAUCUAGGAAGUGUCACAAUGAAAUUUUUCUCACUACACACAUGACAAAGCGGUGUGCCAAGAAAUGCUACUCCAUAAAUCAUCAUACCAAGAGCAAAAUGCAGAUUAGAUUCCACCGUGGUUUUCGAUUUCA